AUGGGUAGAUUUCCAUUGCAUAUACCAAAGGGGUUCCAUGAACGAAGGCAGCAAUAUAGAUACGAGCAAAACCUUCAAUUGAAUAUGCAUCCCAACAAUAAUGAUGGUACUAAUUCUAAUCAUCGAAAUUUAGACCAUUCAUCAACAUUGAAGGCACUCGAUACCAUCGUGAAUACUAAUUCUAAUGAUUAUGAUCAUGAAAAUGAUUAUUUAAUGACUAAUGCAUCUUUUGAUGAUUAUGAUGAAGAUAUUGAUAAUCAUCCUAAUCCAAACAAUAAUAAUCAAAACAUUUCGACUGGCAAUCUCAUGAAUGAUGAUAUGAAUAAUUUGAGUACACUUCAAUUAACCACAUCUAAUAAUAAUUUAAAAUUCUAUCCGUAUUCAAAUUCAAAUUCAAAAUUAACAAGAAGUGAAAGAACGUUAAACUUAUCCCUAAGUGGUACUCCCACACCACCAAAUAUUCAGACGAACACGGCUAGUAAUAAUGGUCCUAAUAAUAUCAUUAUUAAUACUCAUACUAAUAAUACAACUAGGUCAGCCACUCCAAUUAGAAUUACAACUCCCAUCACUAAUACACCAAUUAAUCAAACUGUACUAUUGAAAAGAUUAUCAUCGAUUAAUAACGAGGAAUUAGAUUUAAAUAAUAAUAAUAAUAAUAAUAAUAAUAAUAAUAAUAAUAAUAAUAAUAAUAAUAAUAAUAAUAAUAAUAUCAAUAAUAAUAAUAAUAAUAAUAAUAAUAAUAAUAAUAAUAAUAAUAAUAAUAAUAAUAAUAAUAAUAAUAAUAAUAAUAAUAAUAAUAAUAAUAAUAAUAAUAAUAAUAAUAAUAAUAAUAAUAAUAAUAAUAAUAAUAAUAACAACAAUAAUAAUAAUAACAACAAUAAUAGUAAUACAAAUAGUAAUAAUAAUAAUAAUAAUAAUAAUAAUAAUAACAAUAAUAGUAAUACAAAUAAUAGUACAAGUGCUAGUGUAUUUAGCCCUUCCACUCCUAUUAAUUUAAAGAGAACUGCAUCUAAAUCUGAAUUAUCACCGUUUUUAACAGAUCAUCAAAAGAGAGGAAAUAAUAAAGGGCCAUCUAAUUUAAAUGUUGGAUGGUCAUUACAACAAGAUUCUUCUACAAAUCCUACUACAUUUAAUUCCAAUUCAAACGCAACCUCAAACGCAGCUCAGAAUGAAUCCUUUGUUGUUGCAUUACCUGAUCAAUCUGCAUUUUCUCCUAAAAAUACUGGUUUAGUUUCAAAAAUUCAAAAAUCUUCAUUACCUUAUCCUAAAAAAUUAAAUUUACCAACUACCCCAGUAAAGAGAUCACCAUAUGAGGAUUUAAGUAGUAGUUCUUCAAUAUAUCCUCAUUCUUUUUCUACCAUGAUUAAUAAUAUAUCACCAAGUUCUCAACAUUUUAAUAAUCAUUAUUCCAAAUUAAAGCAUAUUUCCAAUUCAAAUAUAAAUUCAAAUAGUACAUUCAAUUCUACAAAUAUUAGUUCAAUUCUAAACACAUCUGUAACUAACAACAGCAAUAAUAAUAAUAAUAAUAAUACUAACAAUACCGCUAAUACUUCUGUAUUUUUACAAUCUCCUUCAGUUAAUCAACAUCAAUCUCACAAUUUUAAUAAAAACAAUAUCCCAAAGAUUUUAUUAGACAAUGAGCAUCUAUUUUCAUUACGUGAUUUAGAUCCAAACGUUAUAGCUGAAUCACAAUUAAAUGCCAAUAAGCAUAUACAUUUAAAUCCAAAUGCAACAACUCCAAUAAAUAAAAAUAAAACUAAAAAAUUUAAAAAAUCAAAUAAAAAUUCCAAUAUGUUUCAUAAAAAUAAUAAUGAUUUAACUAAUAGUUUACAACAAUUUACUGAUGAUUUAUAUGGUACUGAAGAAGAAGAUGACGAUGAUGAUAAUAUCAUCGCUGAUAACGAUGCAUAUUCUCCAUCAGCUGCCAUAUACAACUCAAUAAGACAAAGGCCGCCUGGUAAUUCUAAUCGUCAUCAUAGUAAUAUUAUAAUUAACAAUGGUAAUUCAAGAAAUGAUAAUGAUUUCAUUUUCCAAAGUACAAUCACCAAGAAUGGCAAAACUAAUCAAAAUAAUAAUAUGACACAAUUCCAACCACUUAUCUUAAGAAAUGAACCUGACACUACGCCUACCAGAAGGAAAUCCAUACCAAGUAAUAUUAGUGUUAAUAAUAAUGGUUUAAAUAUUCGUUCAUUAAAUAAUGAACUUUCUUCAUCAUUAUUUGAUACUGAUAAUAUUAAAACUACCACAAUCGAUAGAGAUUCUAUGGAAGAUUCACCUCUAAAACCUAGACGUAAUAUUAAUGCUAAAAUUUCAGGAAGUACAAAGAAAUAUUCAAAUAAUAAUAACGUUAUAGGAUCCACUACUGCGGCUACAAAUCCAGAUUCACAUCUUUUUGAAAAAUUUUCUAAUGUAGUGAUGAUUGGUAUAAGUCAAUUUUCUACUGUUUAUCAAGCCACAUUUCAAUUAACAAAUAAAAAAUAUGCCAUUAAAUCUAUUGAACCUAAUAAACGUAAUCCCUUAAAGAGAAUUUUACAAGAAAUCAAAUUAUUAAAUAAAAUCCAUGAAAAUGAUUUGGACCAAGAAGGUAAAGAAUAUGUAAUUGAUUAUGUAUCAUCGUGGAAAUUUGAGGGCUCAUAUUAUUUAAUGACCACAUAUUAUGAAAAUGGUAAUUUAGAUGACUUUUUACAACAGCAAAUUAUACCAAAGAAAAUUAGAUUAGAGGAUUGGAGAAUUUGGAAAAUAAUUGUGGAAAUCAGUUUAGGGCUAAGAUUUUUACAUGAAUCAUGCAAUAUUGUUCAUUUAGAUUUAAAACCUUCUAAUAUUAUGAUUACUUUUGAAGGUAAUUUAAAGAUUGGUGAUUUUGGUAUGGCCACUGAAUUACCAAUACUUGAUUCUGCAUUUGAAAAUGAAGGUGAUAGAGAAUAUAUUGCACCAGAAAUUAUUAGUGAAUCUAUUUAUGAUUUUAAAGCAGAUAUUUUUUCAUUAGGUUUAAUAAUUGUAGAAAUUGCAGCAAAUGUUGUAUUGCCGGAUAACGGUAAUGCUUGGCAUAAAUUAAGGUCGGGAGAUUUAUCAGAUGCUGGUAAAUUAAGUUCUACAGAUAUUCAUUCAGAAUCAUUAUUUUCCAAUAAUUUUAAAGUGGAUACUAAUAUAACAGAGUUUUCUGAUAUGUAUGUAGAAGGUGAAUAUGAAGAUGAUGAAGAAAUCAAUUAUGGCAAUACUAAUAAUGGUAAUAUUAGAAAUAAUCAUCCCACGAUUAAUACAGGCACGAAUAAUCAUGUUAAAACUAACGCUAUUAAAAAUGAUGAAAUUAAUAAUAUUGGUAAUAAUAAUAAAGAUUUACGUGAUGACCAGCAGAACAAAAAAUAUAUGAAUAAUAAAAUAAAAGAAAAUAUCAAAGGUCAUAAAGAUAUUCCUGCUUGGGCCCCUAGAUUUUUGGUAGAUGGAAUUUCAUUGGAGAGAAUGGUUAAAUGGAUGAUUGAACCAAAUUAUAAGCAUCGUCCAAGUGCUAGUCAAAUAUUGAAUAGUGAGGAAUGUCUAUACGUUGAAAUGACAAGAAAUGCCGGUGCAAUCAUUCAAGAAGAUGACUAUGGUCCCAAACCUAAUUUUUACAGUUCUGUAUAA